AUGCUCCCCACUCCUCCCGAGUUUACCAGGUACCAAGGGCAUUAUUCUGCGAGGAGGUUUCCUCGGCCGUCCCGCCUUCCGCCGCGGUCGCCGGGCUGCGCUGCUCCAGCCGGGACGCGCGCCUCUGCGCUCCUCGCAGCUGCCACCCCCGCCGCCGCUCCCCUCGCCGUCCGCACACACACCGUGACGAAGAAAGAGAAGUCCUUCAACCAGAGCCUGGCCGAGUGGAAGCUCUUCAACUGCAACACGACCACCGGAGAGUUCCUGGGGCCCACCGCCAAGAGCUGGGAUUUGAGCUUGCUCUUCUGCCUGUUCUUUGGGUUCCUGGCUGCACUCUUUUCAUUUACAAAGUGGGCUAUGCUUCAGGCUCUGAACGAUAAGGUUCCAAGAUAUCGUGACCAGAUUCCUAGCCCAGGACUUAUGGUUUUUCCAAAACCAGUGACGGCGUUGGAUUUUUCAUUCAGCGUGUCUAAUCCAGAGUCCUAUAGAGGGUACAUUAAUGACCUUAAGAAAUUUCUAAAGUCAUAUGGCUUAGAAGAACAGAAGAAUCUCACAGAUUGUCCCGAUAGAGCAUUUUUUGAGCAGAAGGGUCUAGAUUAUACUUCAUGUCGGUUUCCUCUUGUCUUACUUGAAGCACGCAGUGGUGUGGAUGAUCCCGAGUUUGGCUACUCCACAGGAAGCCCUUGUAUUCUUGUGAAAAUGAACAGAAAAAUUGGAUUAAAGCCUCAAGGAGAACCAAGGAUAGAAUGUAUUUCGAAGGGUGAAAACACAGCAGUGCUAUCAACUUAUCCUUCUGAUGGAACGAUAGAUUUAAAAUAUUUUCCAUAUUAUGGGAAAAAAUUGCAUGGGAGCUAUCUACAGCCAUUUGUUGCCGUCCAGCUCAUCUUUGGUAAUAGAAAUAACGUAAACGAAGUAACAGUUGAGCGCAAGAUUGAUGGAUCACCCAACCUAAAAUACCGGGAUGAUCGUGACAAGUUUUUAGGACGAGUUGCAUUCAAAAGCACCAUGCGUUCAUAG